GCGGGGCCGCCGUGGUGCCUUGGACUCGUGCGGCGGCUGCGGGGCGCGCGGCCCUUCGCCAUGUACACCUUCGUGGUGCGCGACGAGAAUAGCAGCGUCUACGCCGAGGUCUCCCGGCUGCUGCUGGCCACCGGCCACUGGAAGAGGCUGCGGCGGGACAACCCCAGGUUCAACUUGAUGCUGGGCGAGAGGAACCGGCUGCCCUUCGGGAGACUGGGUCACGAGCCUGGGCUGGCACAGCUGGUGAAUUACUACAGGGGGGCGGACAAACUGUGCCGGAAAGCUUCCUUGGUGAAGCUAGUCAAGACCAGUCCAGAGCUGUCUGAGUCCUGCACCUGGUUCCCCGAGUCCUAUGUGAUUUAUCCAACUAACCUCAAGACGCCGGUCGCUCCAGCGCAGAAUGGCAUCCAGCUUCCGGUCACUAACUCCAGGACGGAUGAGAGAGAAUUCUUCCUGGCUUCUUAUAACAAAAAGAAAGAGGAUGGGGAGGGUAACGUUUGGAUUGCAAAGUCGUCCGCUGGUGCCAAAGGUGAAGGCAUCCUCAUCUCCUCAGAGGCGUCGGAGCUUCUGGAUUUCAUAGACAACCAGGGUCAAGUGCACGUGAUCCAGAAAUACCUCGAGCACCCUCUGCUCCUUGAGCCCGGCCACCGCAAGUUUGACAUCCGAAGCUGGGUCCUGGUUGACCACCAGUAUAACAUCUACCUCUAUAGAGAGGGUGUGCUCCGAACAGCUUCAGAACCGUAUCAUGUUGAUAAUUUCCAAGACAAGACCUCCCAUUUGACCAAUCACUGCAUUCAGAAAGAGUACUCAAAGAACUAUGGGAAAUACGAAGAAGGGAAUGAAAUGUUCUUCGAGGAGUUCAAUCAGUACCUAAGCAGCGCUCUGAAUAUUACCUUAGAAAGCAGCAUUUUGCUGCAGAUCAAACACAUAAUAAGGAGCUGCCUCAUGAGUGUGGAGCCGGCCAUCAGCACCAGACACCUCCCUUACCAGAGCUUUCAGCUCUUCGGCUUCGACUUCAUGGUGGACGAGGAGCUGAAGGUCUGGCUCAUCGAAGUCAACGGUGCCCCUGCGUGUGCUCAGAAGCUCUAUGCAGAACUGUGCCAGGGAAUCGUGGACAUAGCCAUAUCCAGUGUCUUCCCACCCCCGGACACGGAGCAGGUGCCGCAGCCGAACUGUGCGGCUGUUAAGGUGGAAGAGUUGACAAAGCAGAUGUCAGUGAGUCUUUAUGAAUCCUGA